GCGAGCAGGGGCGGCAUAGGACACAGCCGGACUGUGCAGUGGUUACUUUGCAAAAGACUUACACUAGUGGCCGCUCACCAGCGGGGUUGGGGGGUGCAAGCAGUAAGCCACAGCGGAGCCGAGUAAAAAUGCACAACCAACGAAGACGAAGGUCACUUAUUGCACUUUUGCAGACUAUGCUGACAGAAGAGGUGCACGCGUGAGGAAAAAAAUGGAUUGUGUUUUCCUUUUGCUUUGGACACUGGCCAUUCCGUUGCUAAGCCGCAAUUCUGUGAAGGUUUUAUCAGCCCUGUGGUUUGGGGAUGUGUUCAAGACUUUCCAGAUCUGUUGCUGCUAUUCAGACUUUUCAACUGCUUUUGGAAGUCAAAGAAGCGAGGUGAAUGAUGAUAUGGUGUUUGUUAUACCCAGUGAAGUUGAUUCCAAUGGAGCCUUCAUUUCUCAUGACAUUUUGGGAAGCAGCAGAAAAAGGAGGUCACUGCCACAUCGGCACAAUCUUACUGUGCACUACAAGCUGUCAGCAUUUGGAAAGGAACUUCUUUUAGAUUUAAAGCCUUCCAAUGUAAUAGCAAAUGGGUUUACAAUCCAGACAUUGGGCAGAGAUGGAGUGACCACAUUACAGGAGCCCAGAUUUGAAAACUGUUUUUAUCAGGGAUUAAUUAGGAACCACAGCAUUUCCUCAGCUGCAAUAUCAACAUGUACAGGCUUGUCAGGUUUAAUAAGGAUACAAGAUGAUGAGUUCCUUAUUACACCUUUACCUCAGCAUCUGGCAAAGAAGCACAGCAUUACUUCUCAACCUGGACAACAUACUCAUGUGCUUUACAAACGAUCAGCUGAAGCCAUUGUUCAAGACAAAUCCUUACAUGGGAUUCCACACUAUCACCAUCAAAGUAACCUGUACAAGAAAAAAAAACAGCAUGGAAUGUACCAGAUGGAUCAUUUCUGUGGACGGCACAAGAAAUAUUAUCCUAAGCCUCCAAUAGAAAGACUUAAUCAAGAAUAUGAACAAAUGAACAGGCCUAAGAGAUCUCCUUUCAGUUCUGUUAAGCCUGGAGGCCUCAAUGUGGAGACACUGGUGGUGGCAGACCAGAAAAUGCUGGAAAAACAUGGCAAAGAGAAUGUUACUACAUAUGUGCUGACAGUCAUGAACAUGGUUUCCAGUCUGUUCAAAGAUGGAACUAUCGGAACAGAUAUUAAUAUUGUUGUUGUAAGUCUUCUUCUUCUUGAACAAGAUCCGGUAGGGUUGGUGGUAAACCACCAUGCUGACCAGUCUUUAAACAGUUUUUGUCAAUGGCAGUCAGGACUGUCUGGGAAAAAUGGAAAACGCCAUGACCACGCUUUACUACUCACUGGGUUAGACAUAUGCUCAUGGAAGAAUGAGCCAUGUGACACACUGGGUUUUGCACCAAUAAGUGGAAUGUGCAAUAAAUAUCGAAGUUGCACAAUAAAUGAAGACACUGGACUUGGUCUGGCUUUCACAAUUGCUCAUGAAUCUGGUCACAAUUUUGGCAUGGUACAUGAUGGUGAAGGGAAUGCAUGCAGAAAAGCUGAAGGCAAUAUCAUGUCUCCAACAUUGGCUGGAAAUAAUGGUGUUUUCUUUUGGUCAGCCUGCAGUCGUCAAUAUCUAAAUAAAUUUCUUAGUACAGCUCAAGCUUCAUGUCUUAUUGAUGAGCCGAAACAAAUUGGAAAGUAUACAUUUCCAGACAAGCUCCCAGGACAGUUGUAUGAUGCAGACAUGCAAUGUAAAUGGCAGUUUGGCUCAAAGGCAAAACUUUGCAAUUUGGACUUUGUUAAGGAUAUAUGCAAAUCACUGUGGUGUCAUAGAUCAGGCCAUAGGUGUGAAACUAAGUUUAUGCCAGCAGCAGAAGGUACAUUAUGUGGACACAACAUGUGGUGUCGGAGAGGUCAGUGUGUGAAAUUUGGAGACCAUGGGCCUAAAGCAGUGCAUGGACAGUGGUCUCAGUGGUCAGAAUGGUCUGAUUGCUCUAGGACUUGUGGAACAGGUGUCAUGUACAGAGAAAGACUAUGCAACAACCCCAAACCACAGUAUGGUGGGAAAUUCUGUAUAGGCUCCAGUCGCUUAUACCAGCUGUGUAAUACAAAAGCAUGCAAAAACAACAUUGAGGAUUUCCGUGCUCAGCAGUGUGCAGAAUAUAACAGCAAACCUUUCAGAGGCUGGUACUACAAAUGGAAGCCCUAUACAAAAGUGGAAGAGGAAGACAUUUGCAAACUCUAUUGCAUAGCAGAAAACUAUCAGUUUUUCUUUGCAAUGUCAAACAAAGUAAAAGAUGGCACCCCCUGUUCUGAAAGCCAGCUUGACGUGUGCAUUGAAGGAAUCUGUGAGCAAGUAGGAUGUGACCAUGUCCUUGGCUCAAAAGCUGAACUGGAUGCUUGCGGUGUUUGUAAUGGAAGUAAUUCAACAUGUGCAUUCUUCAGAGGACAGUAUUUACAACAGCACAGUGCAAAUGAGUAUUAUUCAGUUAUAGUGAUUCCAGCAGGAGCCCGUAGCAUUCACAUACAUGAAAUGGAAGUAUCUACAAGUUAUCUGGCAGUCCGUAAUCUCAAAAAGAAAUACUAUCUUACUGGUAACUGGAUAGUUGAUUGGCCUGGAAAAUUCUCAUUUGCUGGGACAGUGUUUGACUAUCAACGCCCUGUUCACCAACCUGAAACCUUGUUUGCAUCUGGCCCCACUAAUGAGUCUCUAGUGUUUGAAGUUCUCCUGCAAGGCAAAAACCCUGGUAUUGCCUGGGAAUACACUCUGCCCAAGAAUGACAAUAAAAACACAAAUAAAAAAGACAACUACACCUGGGUGGUCAUCAGAUCAAAUUGCUCAGCAUCUUGUGCUGGUGGUCAAAUUUCAACUAAGGCUGUCUGCUUACAAAACAAUCGAAUUCAAGUAAACUCCUCUUUCUGCAGUUCACACGUAAGACCAACUUUCAGGACCAGAGUUUGUAAUACUCAACCUUGCCCAGCAUACUGGUACACUGGAGAAUGGAGCACUUGCAGUCAGUCCUGUGGUGGAGGUCAACAGUCACGUCAAGUGCAGUGCAUGCGAAGAGUUGCAUUUCAAAGGGAGGAGGUGGUGGCACACUCUCUGUGCUCUGCUUCUAUGCCUGCUAAGUUACAGACUUGCAACAAUCAGGCCUGUCAACCUGAAUGGAUUUCAGGAGCUUGGUCACAGUGUUCCAAGACUUGUGGGAGAGGUGUUAGGGUGCGUGAAGUCUAUUGUACAAACUCCAAUCCAUCAGCAAAAGGAAAAGGCCUUCCUGACAGUUUGUGUAAUCAAGAUCAGAAGCCCAAGUCUCAAGAAACAUGUGUUCUUAGGCGCUGCCCAAGGAAUGACAAACUUCAGUGGAUGACAUCAGCGUGGAGCGAGUGUUCUAUAACCUGUGGCCCAGGCAUUGAAAAAAGGGAGCUAAAAUGUUGUGAAAAAGAUGCUAAUGGCAAAAUUACAGAGUUCCCUGUAAGACGAUGUCGCAACCUACCGAAGCCUGCAGUGGAUCUUCAACAAGCCUGCAAUAAAGGAGAAUGCGAAGAACCAAAUUCCUCCAAUGGGAGAACUCUUAAUAAUGUUGGAUGGUAUUCAUCUCCUUGGCAACAGUGUACUGUUUCCUGUGGAGGAGGCGUUCAGACUCGUCAUGUUCAGUGUCUUAGGCAGGGAAGGCCAUCAUCUAGGUGCCUGUCUCAUCUACAGCCUAUAACAUCCAGAGCUUGUAACACAAACUUCUGCCCAGCUCCUAAGCGUAAAGAAGAAAUCCUGUGCAAAGACAUUUUCAGUUGGUGCCACCUGGUGCCCCAGCAUGGAGUUUGCAACCACAAGUUUUAUGGACAACAGUGCUGCAAGUCCUGUGCUCAAGUAAAACAAUAAUCCAGGGAUAUUUUUUUUAAUUCUUCGUUUAUACAAUAGGAGCAGACUGGACAUUAUGAAAAGAUAUUUGUCCUGGAGUACUUGAUUGCUGGAAAUUUAUUUUUAUGAGUUCAUCACUUUCUGCAAAAGCCACAUUAUAUGCACAUAUAAGACAAGAAGUCAUUCUACAAUGUUACUUUUAUGUUCCAAAAGACUAAAGAUAUAAGAAUGCCUAUUGUUAAGAAGACUUUAAUGGAACAAAAUUGCAUAUCCAUGCACUGUACUCUGAAAAAGUUGUAUAAUAUGAAUGGCUACUCUAAAGUAACUUCUAUAUUGGCCUCAUCUUUUUGACACUAUAACGCUGUUAUAAUUAAUUAAACUUCUUUAUUUUCAUUAAAGAAGUGCAUUCCAAGGCAAAUGUGAAGUGAAAACAACUGAAAAAUGUUAAGUGGAUGCCAUUCAUAGGACUGCCUUCUGUAAAUUCUGGAAUCCCUGUAUUUGUUUAUAGAGUACAUUGUGAAGACAAAGGUGUGAAAGAUACAUGCUUUUCAUGUUUGUGUUACAGACAAAAAUAAAUGCACUUACUAUAUUGUUCAGUU